AAAAUAAAAAAUAAAGUACGAGUACAAAAAAAAAAAAAAAAAUUUCAAUAAAUAAGAGGAUGAAUGAUAGGUAAACCUAAUGAAUUCAUCCUAUAAAUACAUGAUCAAUUUUGAUGGAGAUGAUACAUGAAUAAAUAUACGGAGUACUAUACAGUUACUACCUUUGAGAAACCCACGAUCCUUCUAUGGCUUCCUCCGAUUCUCACCGCAACAAUGGCGAUCCUUUAGAGGAGGAAGACGAAGAAGAAUACGAAGAGGUUGAGGAAGAAGAGGAGGUUGAAGAAGAAGAAGAAGAGGUAGAAGAAUACGAGGAGGUUGAAGAAGAAGUAGAAGAGGAGGAAGAAUUCGAAGAGGUUGAAGAAGAAGUUGCAGAAGAGGAAGAAGAUAAAGUUGCAGAUGAUGAUGUUGAGGAAGAGGAGGAAGAAGUAGAAGAAGAAGAGGUUGAAGAAGAAGAGGAAGAAGAUGAGGAAGAGUACGAGGAGGUUGAGGAAUACGAAGAGGUUGAAGAAGAAGUAGAGGAAGAAGUAACGGAUGAUGAAGAAGAUGCAACAAUGGCGGAACAAGGUUCGAAUUUGGGUAAAGAGGAUGCGAAUUUGGCGGAGCGAGAUGUAACAAUGGCGGAAAUCGAAGGCGAUGACAAUGGCGGAGAAGGAGAAGGAGAAGGGGAAAUCAAUGAUGUCGCAAUUGCAAUUGCUCCUACGAAAUCGAAUUCGCCAGAUGACAACCAAGAUGUUGAAACCAAAGGAGGUGAGGUAUGCUUGAGAUCAGGACAUACAAGUGAUGUAAAGUCUGAAGCAAGUAUUCUAUGUGAUACCCGCGCUGCAGAAAUCUGCUGUGACCGAAAUUCAUCACCUAAAUUGCAGAAUGCAGAUGAAUCGGGGACCCCUUCAAUUGAUGUUGGGCGUUACAAAUCUUCAAAAUUGUACAAACAUAUAGCUGGCCCUCUUAGUAAUGGAAGUGAUGCUGUGGAAGAGAAACAGGAGCAUGUAGAACAAUCAAUUCUAGUUUCUGCCUCUGAGACGCAUGUUUCUGCUCCUCAUGCUGUUAGUGAUCAAUUGGGUAAUAUGGAGACUGCUGAUGUCAAGGAUUCUAAGCUGCUUUCUGAGGAGGCAAAUCAUCAUUCCCCGUCAAGACAAGACAUGGACCAUAAGGACUCAAGAUCGUGGUUUCCCCGAGUGAGGUCAAGGAGCUUGUCACCUGGCGCUGAAUGCGAGGAUGGGAGUAAACGACCUGCGAUUAUUUGUGAGUAUUUCGCUAAAGGUUGGUGCAUCAAAGGGAGUUCCUGUAGAUUUCUUCAUAAAAGAGAUCAUGAAAAUGCUACGCAAGUAGAGGGAGGUGUGCUGCUCACUAAAAGUGAGCUUUCACCUGAUAAAGGUUCUGGAGAUAAUGUAGGAAAGGGUAUUCAAAGAGAGCGUGGAGUGGGAUCUCGUCAAUAUGAAGAUACGGAUACGAAUGCCUUGCUUGAGAGAAAGGUUUCAUCUUCCCUAUUUUCUACUGAUUUCAAGAAUUUGCCGUCUUGUAAAGAUGGCCCUAGGCAAGUAGAGGUAGAAGUAGAUAUCUAUAAAGAAAAUCACUCAUCUGAUAAUUUUGGAUCGUCAGUUGCUGAAAGCAGUUCUAUACCACAGCAGAAUUUCUGCUCUAGGUUUGGAUCUUCAAUGAGGGAAUUAGGAGUAUCUUCUGGCUCAGAUUCUAUCUCGAGGUUAGUGGAAGAAUCGGCUGCUAUGCGAAGGCGUUAUUCAUUGGAUGCUCAGAGUUCUGUGCCUUCUUACCAUUUCUCUAGUUGGAAAAACACUUCUUUACUGCGUAGCUCUCCCUUGUAUUCAGGAUCUAAUUCAGGAAAGUAUUCUGAUUCGAGUUAUACACUGGGUGGGCUUCUCUCUUUUAAGUUUAAGAAGGCUUUUACUCCCUAUAACUGGGAGCCAUCUGUCCCCUUUCAAUCCUCCUAUUUCAAACCUCCAGUAAAUAGAUCUUCAGAUGUUCCAUAUGACCCUUUUCGUGAUAGCAUUGAGAAAUCUGAUAUUGGACGUGAAUCCGUUAGGCUUCCUUCAUGUUGUCAAACUCAAGAUGCAAAAAGCAUCUCCGGACAGAUUUCUCCGGAGUUGCCUAGAAGAUUAGAAAUUGAAUCUUGGGACAAAAAUUACAGUGGCCAUGACAAAGUCAUCCCUGCUGUUGAAGCAGAAUCAGCCGCAACUUCUAAUAGUGAUGCUCAAAAUAAGAGUUUGACUGAAGAGGAGAAUCCUAUGGUUCCUGGCAGUGUCAAAGCUAUACUCAAAGCAAGCAGAAGUGUCAAUGAUGGUAACUCUAAGAUACAAAGUGGGGAACUGAAGUUAGAAAAUGGCAGGCAACCUGUUGAAUUAGAUGAGGAAGAAUCUAAGAUAAUAAGGUGUUUUCGUACUGCUCUUAUAGAAUUCGUGAAGGAGUUGAUGAAACCAAUAUGGCAUGAAGGCCGCCUGUCGAAGGAUGUAUAUAAGGUAAUAGUUCAAAAAGCCGAAGACAAGAUUCUGAGCACUUUAAAACCAAAUCAAGUUCCAAAUUCGUCAGAGUUGAUUAAGCAAUAUCUGUCUUUUUCCCGUCCUAAAAUAUUGAAGCUUAUUCAGGCAUAUGUUGACAAAUAUGGCAGAUUUUAGAAGCACAUAAUGGGUCCUGGUUAUUGUACAGUUUUCUCACCUGCUGAGAGCUACAUAUGAGACUCUCCUGAAUAUGACCAGAACCUUAACUUUAUAAAAUGUCAGUGUAGGUAUUUUUCUGGGUGUCUUUUAGGUUAGAACAUUUUUAUGCCUUAAGAAUUUCUUUUGGUCGUACAUUAUGUUGAAGAUUUUUGGACAUUUCAGUGAAGGCCAAGUCAAGUGGAAGCCCUUGGUGUGCAAUAUGUAUUUAUUGCUUUUUUUCUUGCCAUCUUAGUUUCCUUUUAAACGACAAACUUUGAGCAUCAUUUUACCAUAUUGAAACCAAGUCGAUUCUUUAUG